AGAUUGAAAUUACGAAAAAUGGCUACGGUGGAUCAAUUGAUGACUGUUUUGCAAGAUACGGCAAGUUUACUUCAGAAAACACAAGUGAAUUUAAAGAAAUGCUCUAAGGCACGAUUAACAAGAGGUUAUGUUGAGGCGAGAUUAAGUUGCAUACAAGAGUACUGGGCGACGUUCAAACGAACACAUCAAGAACUUAUAAAGGUUAUGCCACGCGAACAACGGGCUGUUACGCAAUAUUUUAUUAAUGAAGAAUACUUUAUUUACGAAGAUCUAUACCUGAACAUUGAAGGCGAUCUUAAGGACUUAUUGAACAGCAACACAAAACAAAUCAACCCCAAUAUAAGUAACUCGGAUAACCAAGUGGGAAAAUUACCUCGAAUUCAACUUCCAAGUUUUAGUGGUGGUUAUGAACAAUGGCCCACUUUUAAAGAUUUGUUUUUGUCAAUUGUGCAUAACAAUGCGUCGCUUAGUAAUGUACAAAAAUUGCAUUAUUUGAAGACCAGUGUAUCCGGCGAGGCAGAGGCGAUUUUAAAGCACGUUCAAAUCACCGAAAGUAAUUAUACACAAGCGUGGGACAUUCUACAAAAGCGUUAUGGAAACAAAAAGUUAAUAGUGAAUUCUAUAUUGAAGCGGUUAUUUCUGCAAAAGAAAUUAAAUACUCAGUCGGCCACUCAACUCAAAUCAUUAUUGGAUACUACAACUGAAUGCUUAAAUAGUUUACAAAAUUUGAACAUGGCCACCGAUUCCUGGGAUCCUUUAAUUAUUUUUCUGGUAGUGCAGAAAUUGGACCCGGAGUCACACAAGGAUUGGGAGGAGUAUGCUCACAAGGACGAUUCCGAGGAAUUACCCAAGUGGACAGACUUCGUCAAAUUUCUAGAAGCUAAAUUCCGAACGCUAGAGCUCAUCACCGCUUCUUCAUCAACUCCGCGCGAAAGAAAUGUAGUCAAAGAACGCACGUUCCACGCCACAGAAUCACAAGCAGAGAAGAGUUGUGUCAUGUGUAAAGGUAAUCACACACUCGCUCAUUGCAAAGAAUUUACAAAAAUGCAGCCUAAUGAGAGAUGUGAAUAUACAAAAAACAAUAGGCUAUGUUACAAUUGUCUAGCACCAGGACAUGCGGUUUUCAAGUGUCGAUUGCCCAUGUCAUGCCGUAUAUGUCGCAAGCGCCAUCAUUCACUCGUCCAUGUGACCAAGAGCCCGGAAACAGCAGAACAAGAUACUAAGACCCAGCCGACGCUCCCCAAGGUCAACGAGACUGAAACAGAAAUUCAAGCUACCAUGGCAAUUGCAUCACACCACACAGCUAGACAUAGUGAUGGCUUGUUAGCAACUGCGAUUGUAAACGUGAAGAGUGAGCAAGGUCACACCAUUGCACUGAGAGCUCUUAUCGACCCGUGCUCACAGGCAUCUUUCAUUAGUGAGAAAGCGACCCAAUUACUUAAACUUAAAAGAGAGACAACAAGAGCAAGCAUAACGGGAUUGGGGCCUAUAAAGGCGAACGCAAAUCAAGUGGUUCAAUUAGAGGUUUCGUCGCAAUAUCAAACGUCGUAUUCUAUACAGCUUCGAGCCUAUGUGAUUUCCAAGCAAUUGACCACUCAAAUGCCCAUGAAAACCAUGAAUACAAGCAACUGGUCUCACAUACAAAAUCUACACCUGGCCGAUCCAAGUUAUAACACACCAGGUCCAGUAGAUCUUCUUCUUGGAGUUAAAGUAUAUGCGCAGAUCAUUCAAGAAGAUACACCAAUAAUCAAGGGUCCACCGGGUACACCAUGUGCUCAGAAAACAUACUUGGGAUGGAUCCUGUUUGGAGAUAAUGGAGAGACGGAUACAAGUAUACAAGAAAAAUGUUUCAUUACGAUGCAUCAUCAAGUCGAUGUUGAUGAUCUAUUGAAGACUAUAUGGGAGGUAGAACCAGAUACAAAGAGAACAUUAACUGAAGAAGAACAAACAUGUGAAAGAAUUUACGAAAGUACCUACAAAAGAAAUGAAGAAGGAAGAUACAUCGUCAAAUUACCUUUAAAAACAGAAGUACCAAGAGCAUGUGAAGGAAAUACAAGAGAAAUAGCACAGAACAGAUUAAUACAACUAGAGAGAAGAUUUCUAAAAAUGCCAAAGCUCAAAGAAGAAUAUGUAAAGGUGAUUGAUGAUUAUAUUGAACAGAAGCACAUGGAAAAGGUACCAACCGAAGAAAUACAUACAAAGAAGAGUGUAUACUUAGCCCACCAUGCAAUUAUUCGAGAAGAGAAGGAAACUACAAAGACGCGCGUCGUGUAUGACGCGUCGUGUAAGGGCACCAAUGGUUUCUCAUUAAACGACGACCUCCUGGUUGGGCCAGUUUUACAAGAAGAUUUGAGAAGUUUGAUAAUGAGAUGGCGAAUGCACGCUAUAUGUUUCGUCUCAGAUAUUCACAAGAUGUAUCGGAUGGUGCUGACAACUAAAGAAGAUUCCGACUAUCAAAGAAUUUUAUGGAGAAGUAGCAGUGACAAGCAAAUAGAGGAUUACCGUCUCCUGACAGUAACUUUUGGAACAGCUUCAGCUCCAUAUCUGGCAGUUAAGACGUUGCAACAGCUGGCUAUAGAUGAAGGAGACGAGUUUCCUGCUGCAUCAAAGAUGAUCAAAGAAGACUUCUACGUCGACGACCUGAUGUCGGGAUGUGACACCAUCGAACAAGCCAUAGAAGCCAACAAUCAAUUGCAAGAAGUUAUGCGAAAAGGUGGAUUUCAGCUUAAAAAAUGGUCAUCCAAUAGUGUUGAGUUCAUGCGCAGUUUGAAGCCCGAAGACAGAUCAGCUAAUGCGCAUCUUGAUUUAAACAUGGACGGCACGAUCAAGGCACUUGGUGUUCAGUGGAACAUGGGAACAGACCAGUUCGAGUACAACCUUAACCUCCCAGAGGUAAACAAUCACAUCAGUAAACGAACAAUUUUGUCUGAUAUCCAGAAACUGUUUGACCCUCUGGGCUGGAUCUCGCCGUGCGUCCUGAUGGCUAAAAUACUGAUACAGAAGUUGUGGCUGGCGAAGGUAAAUUGGGACGAGGAAGUGAGUCAACCCUUAAAAGAUGAAUGGCUUCAAUUAAGAGCAGACUUGAGACAUGUCAAUGAGAUCCGUGUUGAUAGAUGGCUGGACACUUUGAGCACUGAAGGAACAAAUAUUCAGAUACACGGAUUCAGUGACGCCUCUAUCUCUGCCUACGGUGCAGCCGUUUACAUUAGAGUCGAAAAGGCGGAUGGCACAGUCAAAACAAGGUUGAUUGCUUCGAGAACAAGAGUAUCUCCCGUGAAGACUGUUUCCUUACCCAGAUUGGAAUUGUGUGGAGCUGUUGUGUUGGCAAAAUUGUUAGGACAAGUCAGCCAUGCUAUGAGAAUACCGGCUUCACAAAUAUUUGCAUGGACAGACUCUUCCAUUGUCAUUUCAUGGAUUUUCGGCGAACCACAGAGAUGGAAAACGUUUGUGGCAAACAGAGUUGUUGAAAUAACAAACAAUGUUAGUCAAAACCAAUGGCAUCAUGUCACUUCAGAGGAUAACCCCGCCGACAUUGCUUCCAGAGGAAUGUACUUGUCAGAAUUGAAGGCUUCUAAGCUAUGGUGGGAAGGGCCAGAAUGGCUAACUAGAAAAGAAAUAGAAUACAGAAGACCAAAUGUCGUUUCCACCGACAUAGAAAGGAAGAAUGUGAUACAGACAAAUUUAAACGUGUAUGGAAGCGAGAUGGAAAGAAAUUUGACAGACCAAUUUAAAGAAUUUGAUAAUUUACAAGAAUUAAUAAAAACAAUCACAUAUUGCCGCAAAUUUCUGAACAUGAAGAAACUGAAAAUAGACAAUUUCAAUCUAACAACUCAUGACUUGGACCACACAUUGCAAAUAUGUGUACAACUUGUACAAAAAGAAGAAUUUGGCGAAGAAAUAGAUAGAUUAACGACAAACAAACAAGUACACAAACGAAGCAAUAUAAAAUCUUUAAAUCCCUAUUUGGAAGAAGGUCUACUAAGAGUAGGAGGAAGGCUCAGACUUGCAAACAUAAAUAAUGAAGAAAAGCAUCCCUUAAUAUUGGGCAACAGAAACAACUUAACUCCUCUUAUAAUAGCAGAUGCACACUUGAAGACCUUGCAUGGUGGAAUAACACUCACGAUGAGUUAUUUACGUUCCAGAUUUUGGAUUAUAAAGUCAAAAAAUUUAGUAAGGGCUCACGUCAAUAAAUGCCUUGUAUGCGUCAGACAAAACGCUGCUCCUAAACCACAGCUGAUGGGAGACCUGCCAAGAGAACGAGUCACACCUGCCAGGCCGUUUUUACAUAGUGGCGUCGACUUUGCAGGACCUUUCACUACCCUAAUGUCUAAGGGUAGAGGAGCAAAGACCACGAAGACGUAUGUGGCUAUAUUUAUAUGCCUAUCAGUUAAAUGCAUACAUCUAGAACUAGUCAGUGAUCUGACUUCUGAAGCCUUUAUAGCCGCCUUCAAGAGAUUUGUAGCCAGGAGAGGAAGAUGCAACCAUUUGUGGAGCGACCAAGGAAGAAACUUUGUUGGCGCCAAUAAGGAAUUAAUUAAUGCAUGGAAAGAGGCACAGCUAGAGUUUACUGGAGAAAUUUCCGAUUCCUUGGCUAAAGAUGGUACGCAGUGGCAUUUCAUCCCCGCCUAUAGUCCGAAUUUUGGUGGUUUAUGGGAGGCUGGUGUAAAAUCCCUGAAACAUCACUUAAAAAGAAUCAUCACCUCUCACCUUACCUUCGAGGAAUUUAACACGGUCCUUUGCGAAAUUGAGGCAUGCUUAAAUUCAAGGCCGUUAUGUCCAAUUGAUAACGACGAUACAGACAGCAUAGAACCUCUUACACCCGGGCACUUUCUGAUCGGCGAAGCACCCAUAAAUGUCCCAUCGCCCGACUUGAAGGAUGUUAGAAUGAGCUCACUGUCACGAUGGCAGCACACACAGAAAUUGGUCAGAGAUCUUUGGUGCAGAUGGCAGCAAGAGUACCUGUCACGUUUGCAACAGCGACCAAAGUGGUUGAAAAGAGUAGAAGAGUUCAAAGAAGGACAGAUUGUUCUCAUUAAAACCGACAAUCUUCCACCUGGAAAAUGGGCUCUCGGCCGAAUAGUCGCUAAACAUCCAGGUCCAGACCAUAUUACGCGAGUGUAUAGUGUUAAAAGUGGUGAUAGUGUGACGAAAAGACCAGUUACAAAACUAUGCUUGUUACCAAUAGAGAUUAAUGAUUAAUGUACUAAUUUAUUUUGCAUGCUUUCAAUUUAUGUAUUAAAAUGUAUAAUUGUUUUUAAAGGACUUAGUAGUCCUUUGGCCGGCGGUAUGUUAACGCGCACACAAAUACCUAUCACAAUACCUAGUGACAGCAUUAUACAUGCAUUUCUUAUUUAGUCGCAUUACAAAAAUCAUAGCAAGAG